UCGUCUCUGUUCCCAAAACCCCGUAUCUACUAAAACCCUAAAUCCUAAGAAAAGAGAAACAGAGACCAAAAAGGGGAAAAAUUUCCAGAAUGCAUAAUUCUUCACGAAUCCUAAGCAACACAUUGUGCAAGAAAAACUCAAACUUGCUGUUAUCUUUCAUUGGCUAUUCUUACAAUGACUGUCAUCUUGCUCCAUUAUUUUGCCGCUCGAUCUUCUCCACGACGCACCUAGAUAACUCAUGGGUGAACAAGAUCAAAGGGGUCUUCACCGGAAAUAAGACCUCUUCAGAUGAAACCAAUCCCGGCUCUAGCCCUGAAUCAUUUACCCUGCUUCGAUUUGCGGAUGAGAUGAAGAAUGCUAGAAGAAUAGGGGCAUUCAAGCAAUAUAUUGUGGGGAGAAGCAGUGAAGCUACUUUUGCCGAUGCAUUCGAGAAACAGGAAGCCAUAAUCCGAUAUCUUGGAGGAUUUGAUUCCACUGGAGAGAAUCUCAAUGUCACUCAAAAACAAGAAGCAGCAAAGCAUUGUAAUUGCACGAUUGCUGAUGUUGAGAAUGCACUUGCAAAGUUCACAUGGGCUAGAGAAGCACAAAAGAAGAUGGAAAACUUACAGAAAGAAGGGAAACCAAUGCCAAAGAACAUUAACGAGGUGCAAAAAUUGAUGGGUUCAACGCCAUUUGACCUUGCCAAGUCUAAUUUGGCUAAGAGUGGGCAAAUAAGUAGGAAUGCGCUCUGUCCAUGUGGUUCCAAGAAGAGAUACAAACGGUGCUGUGGAAAGGAUUGAAGCGAUCCAAGAAUAAAAUAAGAAGAAAAACCUUCACUUCAGUCGAGUACAUGGAGAGAUGCCCAGAGCUCGAAGAAUCAAUUUGCAGUUUUUGGAGCCUUUGAUUUAUUUUGGUUUGCUUAGCAAGUUGGCUGGCCUCUUGAUGAUCCUAUUCUGCUUGCUUGGACCAGAUUGGCUUAACAUUUUGUUUAGACAAUAAAUUGGAAUGAAAUUGAGGUUGAAGAAAUUUGAUUAGAGAAUGCAUGAAAGUACAAUUUUACAACUUUGAUGCGAUUUUCCAAUCUGUUCCGUAUUCAGGGGUGCAACUGAACUCUAUUUCAUUGCCAUGACAGUAGCUCGGCUUUUCAUGUUAUUAUUUAAGACUUUUCAGUACACUAGUCAUUAUCUUGGAAAUGCUAUGCUCUUGGUUCUUAAAUUGAAUCUUUGGUUUUCCAUCA